AUGGCUGAAAAACUCUGUGUUUUUGUCGAUCUUAGCGGAACACUCCAUAUUGAGGAUACUCCAACUUCAAACGCUGUAGCAGCUUUGAAAACUCUUCAUGAACAUCCGAACAUUGUGUACAAGUUUGUCACCAAUACUACGAAGGUAAGAAAGUUUCUUUUUAGUUUUGGUUUUUAGGUAUUUGUUGAAGUUUGGAUGAAUUUUGUGAAAAGAGGGAGGUAGAGGUCAUGGAUAAUAUAGGUUUGGUCGCUGUAAAGCUGUUUUGCGGUCGAUUGAUUUUAAAUUGGGCUUAAAGUGUGGAGAAAAGACUACUUUAAGUUAGUUUUAAGAGUAUUGACAUUAAUAUUUUUUUGAGGUCCAGUAAUUUUGAAGAGAAUCAACACAGGCUUUAGAAAGUGAUUGAUAAUAUCACUUUUGAUGUUUUUAUUUAAUUUUUUGACCUUAAUCUAAAUGAAGUUAAUUUUAAAUGAUAGCUAGAAGAUUUUAAAAGGUUUAUUAUACUACAUUUUAUAUCUUCACAUCUUGUAAAUUACCAAAAACGUCUUCAGGAAUCCACCGCCUCUUUGAUCUCACGCUUAUCUCGAUGUGGCUUUGAAAACAUUGAAAAACACCGUUUCUUUACAUCUUUAACAGCAGCCAACACUUACAUAAACCAAAAUAACCUAAAACCUUUGCUUAUGGUUGAUGAAAGAGCUUUGGAAGAUUUUGAUGUUGUUGUAAAUGGAAACAUGAACUCGGUUGUUGUUGGUUUGGCGCCAGAGAUGUUCAACUUUGCUGACAUGAACAGGGCCUUCAAAUUGUUGUUGAAAGACGAUUCUCAACUUGUUGCCAUUCACAAAGGGAAGUAUUAUCGAAGGGAGGAUGGAUUGGCUAUGGGUCCUGGAGGAUUUAUCGAGGCUCUGGAGUUUUCGAGCGGAAAGACGGUAAGUUAUGGAUGUUUUUGUGUUUUUUUGUAUAUUUAGGGAUAAAACCGGUUAAAGAUGGUGUUUAAUACGAUGCGGAGGUAUUGUUUGGGCUUGAAAAUGUAAUAACUGAGGGUUUCAAAGGCUUUAAAAUAAAGUUUUCUUCAUAUUAAUCUAGGCAUAA